UUUUUUUUAAAAUACUUGUAUAUUUUUCACUAUUAGAGAUGCAUCCUACAAUUGUAAAUAUCCCUUCUUCUUCUUCUGUAAAUACACUUGAUAACUACUUCAAACCAAAGAAUAAUAUGACCACGAACAAUAGUAAAAUUAGAUUUGUCUGUAUUUCUGACACGCAUGGCAAAAUCAAUUUCAGUAUACCAAAAGGGGACAUACUAAUUCAUUCUGGUGACUUGACAAAGAAAAGCUCACUCGAUGAAUACUUAAAGACGAUACAAUGGUUGGGAUCUUUACCUCACAGACUCAAAAUUGUUAUAGCCGGUAAUCACGACCAUGCACUUGACGAGUGCUUCGGACAUAUUGAACACCGUCAAACCAUUCUAUCUCUCAUGGAACACCAUGGCCUCAUUUAUCUCGAGCACGAGCUCUUUACCUUACCUCCUUCGCUAGGCGGUUAUACCCUUUUUGGAUCCCCCUACUCUCCUAUUCACCUCGGUGGAGCAUUUAUGCUAGAUGACAAAGGCAUGUCUGAAAUUUGGAAUGAUAUACCCUCAGGCGUAGAUAUACUAGUAACACAUACACCGCCGUAUGGAUUCUGUGAUCGGAUUAUGUAUCGGCAGAAGCAACACGUCGGAUGUAAGUAUCUCAGACAAAAAAUCGAGGACGUGAUCAAGCCAAAAGUAUCGAUUUUUGGCCACAUUCACGAAGCGCAUGGUAGUGUUGUGGAUAAGGCAACAGGAAGACUAUAUAUCAAUGGUAGUUUAUGUGACUAUCGAUAUAGAGCAAACCAAACACCCAUCACAUUUGACAUACCGAAAAAGUGAAAAUAACUCUGACUUUACAUCCCCCUAUUUUAUUUAAUCUUACACGAAACUUUUCAGACAUAUUACAUU